AAGGUAACUCUGCAUGUCAAUAGACCAGCCGUGGUAGAAUCCUAAGGCACCUGGAGACACCUAUUUCUCCUCAUUUUUGUGUGUGCGUGUCCUCACUGAGCAUUCAAAACUGUUUCUCCAAAGGGUUUUGCAAAAACUCAGACUGUUUUCCAAAGCAGAAGCCCUGGCGUCCACAGCAGAAGCGAUGGGCAGCGUGCGAACCAACCGCUAUAGCAUCGUCUCUUCGGAAGAAGACGGCAUGAAGUUGGCCACUAUGGCGGUUGCCAAUGGCUUUGGAAACGGGAAGAGUAAAGUUCACACUCGGCAGCAGUGCAGGAGCCGCUUUGUGAAGAAAGAUGGCCAUUGCAAUGUUCAGUUUAUCAACGUGGGGGAGAAGGGACAACGGUACCUGGCUGACAUCUUUACCACAUGUGUAGACAUUCGCUGGCGGUGGAUGCUGGUUAUCUUCUGCCUGGCUUUUGUUCUUUCGUGGCUGUUUUUUGGCUGUGUGUUUUGGUUGAUAGCUUUGCUCCAUGGAGAUCUGGAUGCAUCUAAGGAGAGCAAAGCUUGUGUGUCUGAAGUCAACAGCUUCACAGCUGCCUUCCUUUUCUCCAUUGAGACCCAGACAACCAUAGGCUACGGUUUCCGGUGCGUCACAGACGAGUGCCCGAUUGCUGUUUUCAUGGUAGUGUUCCAGUCGAUCGUGGGUUGCAUUAUUGAUGCUUUUAUCAUCGGAGCCGUCAUGGCAAAGAUGGCAAAGCCAAAGAAGAGAAAUGAGACUCUUGUCUUCAGUCACAAUGCUGUGAUCGCCAUGAGAGACGGCAAGCUGUGUUUGAUGUGGCGAGUAGGCAAUCUUCGGAAAAGCCAUUUGGUAGAAGCUCAUGUUCGAGCACAACUCCUCAAAUCUAGAAUUACUUCUGAAGGGGAGUACAUCCCCCUGGAUCAAAUAGACAUCAAUGUUGGCUUUGACAGUGGGAUUGACCGUAUAUUUCUGGUGUCCCCAAUCACGAUCGUCCAUGAAAUAGACGAAGACAGUCCUUUAUAUGAUUUGAGUAAGCAGGACAUUGACAAUGCAGACUUUGAAAUUGUUGUGAUACUAGAAGGCAUGGUAGAAGCCACUGCCAUGACGACACAGUGCCGUAGCUCUUAUUUGGCCAACGAGAUCCUUUGGGGCCACCGCUAUGAGCCAGUGCUCUUUGAGGAGAAGCACUACUACAAAGUGGACUACUCCAGGUUUCAUAAAACUUAUGAAGUCCCCAACACUCCCCUUUGUAGUGCCAGAGACUUAGCAGAAAAGAAAUACAUCCUCUCCAAUGCUAAUUCAUUUUGCUAUGAAAAUGAAGUUGCCCUCACAAGCAAAGAGGAAGAUGACAGUGAAAAUGGGGUUCCAGAAAGCACCAGUACAGACACCCCCCCCGACCUUGACCUUCACAACCAGGCAAGUGUACCUCUAGAGCCCAGGCCCUUACGGCGAGAGUCAGAGAUAUGACUGACCAGUUCGUUCUCUGGAAUACUUGCUUAUCUACACAGUCUGUUGCUCAGAGGCCCGAAACAGUUACAGAGACUACGGUACUGGUCAGGAGGUUGGGCAAGGCAAGUGGUCACAAGAGACUGAGGCUAGCACAAGUGAUCUUGAGAAAGACUAAGUCCGAUGAUCGACGUAAAGUACUCAACAGGCCUCCGUGUGACUCCGUGGCACAUAUAUGUUAUAGAAUAAGUUAUGGGUUUUUAAUGUAUUGUUUUGUGUUUUUACAAAACUUGAAUUUGCAGGCAAGCCUUGGUUGGGUAUUUGACUUAUCCAGGAUGCUUCUCUUUAGGGAACAAGAAUGUUUUUAAUGGCAUAACAAAGGCAAGACUUUGCCUUAAUUUUUGAAAAGCUGCUAACUACAUGAACACAAAUUGUAUUUUUGUUGCAGUGUAGGUUUUCUUUUAUGUAAUUUAAAAGUCAGUGUUGAACUUUGUUGAAAGCUCACGAUGCACUGCAAAGUGGCAAGUAUUUGGCUAUUAACUGCCAAAAUGAGAGCCUGAUUUUUUGAGGCCAGUAAUUUGUUUGCUACAAUUGAUUUCUCUCUGUCCUCUCCUCUCUCUGUUUCUCUCUUUGGUUACAUAAGGGCAUUAUGUAACACUAGCCAAAUGGUAGCCUCUGGGUUUUUUUUUUCUUUCCUUUCUCUGCCGGAUAUUAAUGGGUUAUCCCAAAUUUUAAGUUAGACUACCUAAAACGAAUACCAAAGAUAAUGCACAUUUUUGCACAAUGGAGCUUAUACUAAAAAGAAGAAAAAGCCCCAUGGGUUGCCUUGAAAUGAAGAGACAAUAACUUUGAACCUCAGCAAGACCUUGAAAUGCCUAUUCAUUUUGCACCUUACUCAGAAAACUGAGCAUCAAAACAGUCUAGUAAGUGUAGUGCUUUUGACAUUUUGUCUGUUUCAUGUACCCUUCUUACUGGAAGAGGAAGAAGAAACGGAACGUACAGUUCACCCACAUCCACAUAAUAUCCACACCUUUUCUUUUAAUGCUGCCCAGUGCAUGAAGUGAGCAGUGGGCAAUAAACUCCUAGAUUUGUCUGGAUUUUCUCCUUUUUUGCACAUUCCAACACUUACUGCGUAGGAUAAGAUCUCAGUUGGACUUUGCCCGUUUUCUGGAAUCCUCCGAAAGGAGCCAUCCAGCAUGAAACAGCAGUAGUUAAACAGUUGCGUCUGAAUCCAUGGCCUUGACUGUCAGGACAUUUUUAGCUUGGCAUCACCUUAGAAAAGAUCCCAUGCCUGGCCUUUCGUUUUUUGUUUUGUUUUUUUUUUUUUUUCUCUUCUCUGAUGAACCUGUCUGGAGGGAGACCCGCAGUGUGAGAGCAAGCUACAGAGGACUAUGAUGUGGAGUAGCAGGGAGGUGCAGAAGAGCCUCUCCAAGGCAACACUUCAGCUCAAGUAUUCACAAGAGAGAGGAAAAUUGCCUCUUUUUUUCUUGGAGAGGGCAAAAAUGAGAAUGCCUCAGUAUUUUAGGAUCAAAGAUAGUCACAUAAUCAUGCCACACAGUCACAAGUCAAUGAGAUGAUAGCCCCAAAGGGUCGUUUCCCCCCAUGUGCUGUGAGCCAAAGCAUUACUUUUUGUGGAGCCCUAGAGCAGGAUUCUGAGGACACACUGUUUUCCAGAAGCCUGUCUUGCCUGGCUGCCUGCCUUGCUAGAAACUACUCCUCUCUCCCAGCUCAGUAAUGGAGCUCUUCCUUUGGUUUAAAGUUCCCUGUUUGGGAAUUCUGGGGUUGCUGACUUUUCUUUUUAAUUGGAGUCUCAAAAUCAACUCCAGUGUGGUAUUAUAUCCUGAUAUGCCAUUAAAAAACAGCUUGUUCUAGAAUCCUGUGCUUUGUAAAUUGACGUUUGGGAUGGUCUCUGGUUUUUGAACAGCCAUGUAUGAAUGCAGGGCCUGCAGAAAUGCGACAGAUUCUGCUGUUUGCAGCCUUCCACGUCGAUGGGUUUGAAAUCCAAUGGUUAUAUUCACUGAAACUAAGAAAGAGAGGUUGAGCAAGUUGGAUGGUAUUUGAAACCCAAAUGUAAAGGCAGGUCUGGGAAGUUGUUUGAAGAGUUGGAGGAAAUGGAGAUGGGAGCGUUUAUAGAACAGACAAUAAUUUGGCCUUUGACAGUGAGAGGCUAUUGAGGGCUUCAGCUGCUGCUAUUAUGAUGUUCUGCAAAGGAAAAUAAUCAAACCAAAGAGUAUUCAGUGACAUGUAAAUUAAAUAAAGAUUCAGGGGAGGAUGGGGGAGACCACACAGAAGGCCCUCCCCCCAAACACACAGUGCUACCACUUAAAAAAGACUUGAGAUAUUUGAAGGGGGCGGGUAGAAGGACAAAAAAAAGAGGGAGGGAAAUCUUUCGACUUAUUUCUGAAAAAAGAGAAAAUAAAAUCUAAAAUUUCUGGUGCACAGGUUUGUUUUUUUUUUUCAAGAGAAUUUUGCAGAAGCUAUGUUUUUAAAGUGUACAUUUUAUAAAGUUUAUCAGAUAUUUUCAUAUUUAAAGCCAAAUGUAAAUAGAAGUGUGUAAAGCAAAAAACAAAUUGCCAUAGAAAAUAUAAUUUCAGUGCAACAAUUUCUGAAAGCUAGUACCUAUAUGCUACCGGUUAGCAUGGUUUUAGAAAAUAUUUACCAGCCGUAUAAGGUUCGUAUUGCUCUGUUCUUCUGUUAUUUAUUUCAGCAUGGACUGUUCAUUUGAAAGCUUUUCGUAGUUACUAGCAUUGUAAUAGUUAAUAGCUUUAAAUGGCUAUUUUAUUGUUGUUGUUGUCAAGAGCCAAGACACAGGUAAAGCACAGCAUUUACCUCUGCAUUUUACCUUCAAAAUAGUUGUCCUCAUCGACUGGGUCUCCUGAACUAGUGCAAACCUGUCACUAGAGUGCAGAUGGAAGGGACUCACAUUGAAUAUCUGGGGUGGAUUCCCAGAUGUGUGUUGCUUCUCUGUUGCAAGCAAAUCCCUGUUGAAUUUCCUUAGGAUGGAUUCCCUUCUAAAGAAUGUUUGCCCAUAUCUGGAUGGGUGUUAUAUUGUGUGGGGGGAGUGUAGAUUCCUGGUUAUUCUAUUUUUUAAAUAAGAGGUAGACAAAGUGCAUUCUAUUUUGAUUACUGAGAAAGGAAUAGUUUUCUAUCCCUCCUAAGAGUAUACUUGAAUCAGACAUUGUAAGGAUGUCACUAUAGCACUGUAGCCAUUUCCAAAUUCCUACAGGAAGUUUGUUUUACUUGGUUUUUGUUCUGUUAGUGCCCUUCUCCCUUCAUUUCCUUUCUUCCUUGCAUACCUCCCACCCCAAAUCUCAGUGUGUAUUUGAAGAGCUCUGUCCCCCAAAUCGUGUUCCUCUCGCAAAUAAUAAAUGUGACUUUAUAUUUUAUAAUAAGCCAAUUUGUAAAGGUGAAAACUCUAGUUCCGAGUCGGGCGAGUUCUUUUUCACUCUGUGUCUAAUAAUGUCAAGGGGGAAAAUUCAAAGUGUUGCAUAGCUGUGUCCCCACCCACAACCUUCAGUGAGCUAGAUUUUUCCUUUAGUAUCAUGAGGUUUCAGCUCUGGGCUCCAAUGAGUUGAAAAAUUUUGGCCUUGGACGAUCUUGUUAGCUCUUAUUUUCCCAUUUGCCAUCGUUUUUUGUAUCUACGGUCUUCCUAUUGUACUGCACA